UAAGCAAACGACAGUUGAAGUGGUGAGAGAACCGAUCCCCUAAGCAACGGCUCUUUUCCGGAGUCGGGAAUGAGAGGGGAGAGCUGGGAUUGGCCAAUUUGUAGGGACGGGGCGGGCUUGGCUUUAUUCGGGCUUGGCUUCUGGACUGGCGCCUGUCCUGGGCUCGGAUUGGGCUGCGGGAUUGUCUACGUUACUGGGAGGCGUGGCCGACACUAAUAAAGAGUGGGGCCCGCGCGGCAGCUGCGGUAUGUUCCACCGCAGCUAGAGCCCGGGGUGGUCAGGUGGAGGCGAAGCGCGGCACUUCCGUCGACUUCACCCGCAGCGGUCCCCCGGUCUGUAGUCUCGCCGCAGCCACGGGAGAAAAGACGGAGCCCUCCGCCGCCACAGAAAUGUGAGUUGACUCUGGUGUGGGGGGCUCCACACUUCCUUGCCAACUCCCACCCUCAGCGCCAGACUCUGCGGGACGGAAAAUGGCGCAUUGCAGCAGCUGCAGCGACACGGGGAAGCACCACCGCGCGCCGCCCCCAGACCUGGCCACCCCUGGGGAGAGAAGGCAGUACCCCAUUCCUGCAGCAGCCACAGCCAGCACCCCACGGGCGGGGUAGGGGCGCGGGGGUCCCACCUUCAUUGCACUGUCUUCUCUCGCCUGCGGGGCGCCUCAUUCAGGUCUCUGUAAUAGUGAAGCCGGGACCGGGCGAAGGUGGGGCAUGGAGACACUGGGGAGGGGGUUCAAGACCCUUUCUUGUUGUCUAAUUGUACUUGGGGCCUCUGGAAACAGUAAUGAGUAGUGCACCUGCCAGUGAGUAACUUGGGUUGCCCUGCAAUGUCUGGAUUUAUGUAUGCCCCUCAUCCCAGCUGUGACGCGUUACCCACCUCCCCCACGCCCCUCUUGGCAGUACGCAAAGGUCCCGAAACUUAUCUGACAGUUCUUUGGCGCCAGGCGAGCAGCUCAGAAAGACUCAAGGGGCAGUGGCAUGUGAUUCCAAGCAGCCAUUCAUCUCAAGGCCACCUGUAUAGGAGGUGUUUUCCUGUCGUUGACUCUUAGCCAAGUAUUUGGAAGAGAAAUAGAACCAAGGAUCCCUGCCUUCCCCCAACAAAUCAAUUUAGUCUCUGACGGUCUUCAACAUCAGCCCCAUUCCCAAGAUCCUGGGGGAGAACUGUGGCUAGACGAAUCAAGUAUUUCCCUGUCAGGACCACAAUGAAUUAAAAAAAGAUUUUUCUUUCUUAUUACUGUCUGGAAUCCUGGCUUGGUCCUAGAUAUAUUUGUGUUGCUUCUCCUAGUGACAAAAAAGGGAAAAGAUUUCAGUAAGGUUUCAUAUGGGUUAUGACUACCCCUGGAUAUUUUAUUGCUGAGUGUUCCCAACUUCCAACAAAUAGUAAGUGAAAUGGUCCCUUCAGAUGCUUUGUAACCAUUUCAUUUUUUCUUUAUUUGAUUUCUACAGUUUUAAAUGUAUGUGAUAUUCUAUGCAUUUUGGCCAAGCCCUAAGAUUCCAUUUUUUUUUUUUUUCCUCCUGCUUUGGGGAGGAGGGGGGAUCCUUCUCAGUGGACUGGUUCCCAGUAGCAGGCAUGUGGGAUGAACUGAAGGAGAUGGAGAGAGCAUGGUGACUAGCAGGGCAUCACGAGAUCUCUGACCUUAAUCUUGUCAUUGGUGCCACCAUACUGGACUGCUUCCAAGAUCAAAUACUGGCUGCUACAUACUGAAUUUUCCACCUUCAGAGAACUAGAUUGCUUAGCUCAGUAGUAACACAAGAGUCUUGUGGCUUCCAUGGCUUUGUGUAUUUCUUUUCUUUGCUUCUUUUGUGCUUUAGAGGGAAAUGAGAAAGUGAUUUCUUGAAUGGGGAUGAGUCGGGUAUAAUCAGCUGGUAAAGCCUUUCUGAAGUUAUUCUCUAUUUUUGUAAGACCAAAAGAAAUUCACUUAGGGAGGAAGAACUUCUGGGUAUUCUAUUGUGAGUAGUCAAGGCAUUUCCUUUUGGUGACUUGUAUGGUUUAAUUCCUAAUGCUUUUGCUCUUGGACUGAGCCUGGGAGGUAUGUUUUUGAGAUUCUGCUUCUGUUUGAGGAGUUCUUACUAUAACCUCUAUUCUCCAUAAAGUUUGAGAAUCUCCCUCUGCCAGUGGAGUCUUCCUUGGGAGAGAAAAAUCUCAUGCCCUAGGUUAGACUUCUAGAAAUUCUUUAGGAGAUGAAUUUAGCCUCCAUUGUUGGGACAUGGAAAGGAGCUUAUGUUGAAGACCCUUUCUCAGGCUAAGGGAAAGUAAGAACAAUCUCUGUGUAUAGUAGUAUAAACCAGGAUUUCUCUUUGGGACAUAAAGAACUAGGGGAGCCUCCUGAGACUUGAUGCCAAAUCUAGAAAAGGAAGGGACAUGAUGUUUGUGAUGCAUGUACAUUGGGGACCAUUACCCAUAUUUUUGCUUCCUGUCUAUGUUCUUGGAACAGUUUCAUAACUAGCACAAUUGCUUUGGGCCGCAGUUCUACCUAAGUAAAACCCCCAUCUUCUCUGCCCCAAACAAAGCAAGCUAACAGUCCUGACUCAACUCUACCUACAGAAGCCUUGCCUUUGGUGAUUUUCCCAAGUUGUCCUUAUAGCAGUCACAACAUACUAAUGAUUGUGUGAAACAACUGUUAACUAGAUCCUCUUAAGCAGGGUCUGUUGGCUUGCCCUUUCUUCAGGCUUUGUGUAAAAGAGCUGCUCAGUCCACAAGCUUGUCCUGAGGGUUUAGUCUUUUGUGUGAAUUUCUUCUAACCUGGAUAGGAAUUUUCCAGUUUGACUUCAUGUGAAAGGCUUCUGACAGGAAAGUACCAUCUAGUCUAAGACUGGCACAUUUGUCCCCGUAGCCAUUGUGCCAGAGGAUAUUUGAGUUUGGGUCAAAGGAUAGCCCCAAGCAGGAUCUCUUGAUGCCAUCCUGGAUGUCCCUGAGCCCCAUCUAAGUGUUGUUACAGGAUUUUUCAUCUUUUGGUUCUUCCUGUAUGCUGCAUCUUCUUACUUGGUGUUGUCAAGAAGUUAGAAUCCCUUCUAGUUGCAUAUAACCUAAUCACCUUGGUGUUGGUGAUGGGGGUGAGAAUACAUGGGAUUCCUUUCUGUCUCGGUUACGUUGUGUACUUGGCCCACUUCUCUCCACAGGUCUGCUCCGGCUCAGCCGCCCACUGAAGGGGCAGAAGGGGCUGCCCCAGGUGGGGGCCCCCCUGGCCCUCCUCCUAAUACGACCAGUAACAGACGACUGCAGCAAACCCAGGCACAAGUGGAGGAAGUGGUGGACAUCAUGCGUGUGAAUGUGGACAAGGUCCUGAAGAGGGAUGAGAUACUGUCACAGCUGGAUGACCGAGCUGACGCCUUGCAGGUGGGAGCAUCACAAUUUGAGAGCAGUGCUGCCAAGCUAAAGAGGAAGUAUUGGUGGAAAAACUGCAAGAUGAUGAUCAUGCUGGGAGCUAUCUGUGCCAUCAUCGUGGUAGUUAUUGUAAUCUACUUUUUUACUUGAGAAUGUGCCACCCCUUCCCUGUUCUCCAUUGCCAUCCAACUCAUGUCCCCUUCCCUCUGUUUACUCUCUCAACAAACGUCCCCAUCUACCUCCCUCCACCCCGUCCAGGCUUCUCCGUCGCCCACUCCUUCUUUUCUGUUGCUUUCAUUUGCACUGUGUCCCUCAACACUAGAAUUGCUGCUCGUGGCACCGUCCUGAAGUAACCACCUGAAGAGCAACAGAUGGCACCUUCCCCCUACCCCGUUCUUAUGUACCCACUCAAGUUCCCCCAAAGCCAAAAAGAGUGGGAGGCCAAGAGAAGAGGAAGGGGUGUAGCUGGGGUGAUAUGCCCAAGAAGGUGCCAAGACCAGGGGGAGGAGAAGGGUAUCUGGUGCCCGUGGUGCCACCAGGAAAGGCCAGGCCACUGGCAGGAGGAGGCUGUGAACAGCUAGAAGAAUGGCAGCUCACUCAAGACUGCCCUGGUCACAUGGGGCUCUUCUCCUAGGCCAGGCCUGCAGAGGAUCCUGGGGUGGGCCCAGAGACCAACUUGGUUCUGGUGCAAUACCCUUUUAGAAAGUCAAGCUUAUUUUUGCAGUAAUUUCUAAUCUGUUAGUCCAAGAUUUUCUAUGUUGUCAGGGAUAUUACAACCUUUUGCUUUGUUUUCUGGAGACCUAGAGCACACACGUUAAUUGCUAAAGUACCAGCUUCAUUCCUAUCCUAGAUGCAGCCCCAUAAGCUCAUGACUACAAGGGGCUGUCUCUCAUCCACAUUUUCUGCAGCAUUCUGUGUUGUUCCUGAGAAUACCAAAUAAUUCCAUAGAGCCAAAGCUUGGGACUCUCCAUUUUAAUUGUUGGCAUAGGUAAAGAGAGUAUGUGUUAAUUCCAGAGAGACAAUGAGUCAAGGACCCAAUCUGAAAAUAACAAGAUCGGAAGAAGCUACCUCUUGCCUGCUUUUUGAGGAGGGUCCUGUUCCUCCCUUCCCAUUGAUAAAGUGUGAAGUGUUAGGAAUGAGGGUCCUUGGACUCUCAGGGACUCCUUUUCUCUACACUAUUCCCAGCUACUUGCCAAAGGCAAGGACGAGGCAGGAGGUCCUUCCUGAGGGUAGCCGAUUCUGAGUGUUCAGAGAAGUCCAAUAUACUUGCCAGCCCAGUCUCAGGUGGGAGGCGGGACGGUCUGUAGACAAGUGUGCUUGUGGACUGCUGUGCUGUCAUGGGGCCCUCUCAUCGAGAGCCACCUGUCUGUUCUUCCUGCACUGUAUUCCCCUUCUAAACCACCUGUACCCAUCUGAAUGCCACUUUGCCUCCUUUCCUUUCCUCUGCGUGGUUUGUGGGGACAGACAGUGGAAGCUGAGGCGGCCACUGGUAGACUUCAGAUAGGGUGUUGAGUGGAAUAGACCCAGGUGUGAGGGGAGGAGGGCAGGCUGGGAACAGGAGGGGGAGCACCCAUGACCCUUUAUUCUUCCUGUCAUCUGGCCCAUGUGCAGGAAGAGACUGAGGCCAGGCUGGGCUGGGUCUGGAUGCCAUUUUCCACGCAGCAGCAUUUCAUUGCGCAAAACCAUCCUUCCUUUCCCUUUGCCCCCUUUUCUCACAUUCCCUUCGUCCUGCCCCAGGGCAGGACUGAAGAGCUGGAAGAAAGCAGUCAGUGUACCCUCCCAACGGCCCCCCUCGAAGGUCUCCACUCUCCUCUGGGCUCCUCCUUGCCUAAUGCAGGGGGUCACCGCUGGAGAAGAACCACCAGUGUCCUCGAUGUGUCCCGAGCCUGGAGCCAAUUCGCCCUCUUGGCCCACCUAGCCCUGUCACAGGAAUUCUUUCCUGGGUUUCUGUCCCUCUGAGGCUCACCAGAUGUAGUUGGCUUUGUUCUUUUGGGGAUGUUUGCCCUUCUACUUUCUUUCUCACCCCACCCUGUACCCUCUUCUGUGUCUUUGCUGUCCCCCCUCCCGCCCCCCCAACCACCCAUGUGCAUGAGCAAAUAUGCAACCAAACCCCGGGACUUUGCAGUCAAAUGAAGCCAAGCUUCCCACAUCCCCUUCUUCUUUGGUUUGCCAUGAGGCGAUGUGGGGUUUCCACUGUUUGUCUGUCAUCACCUCUGUCUUUUUUCCUACCCCCAACCCCAUACUUGUAUAGAAUAAUAACAGUUGUACUUCCACCAAAGGCAUGUGGCAUAUUUACCAAUCUCAUGUAUUCUGAACAAAGGCAAAAAAUAUAAAUUCCUACCACUA